GACUCCCCACAGUCCACCAAGAUACGACCAGCAUUGUCGUUGAGAUGGUAUAGACAAUAUUAUUGAUAUUUGAGACUACCCUCAGCAGCCAACCUUGGAACGACAUAUCCUAGGAAUUUACAGAAAGUUCUCCGAGCUUUACAACUUUUUCUUCUCACAUCCUAGAACUCUGAGAGAGUUUCCAUCAGCCUGGUCACGACUCUUUGCUGCAAUGCUACUACAGAGUAGACUGAGCCAUGCGACUUCUUAAUACCUCCACCCUCAAGAUCGAAGAGUUUCUUCAGAGACAAGUUCCCGAGUAUGUCAUCUUAUCCCAUACGUGGGAAGAGGAGGAGGUGAGCUUUCAAGAUAUGCAAUCUGGUUCAGCGCACGCAAAGAAGGGCUACGCCAAGAUCAAGAGCUGUUGUAAGAAAGCAGCUGAAGAUGGAUUUCUCUACUGUUGGAUUGAUACCUGUUGCAUCGACAAGACGUCGAGUGCUGAGCUGUCCGAGUCUAUCAAUUCCAUGUAUCAGUGGUACAAGGAUUCGCGCAUAUGCUACGCUUAUCUUUCCGAUUUCAAUAUCGAUUCGGGUAUGUCAACAGAUAUGAGUAUGGUCAAUCAGCAAGGCGGUCUCGGAUCUCAAAGGUGGUUCAAACGUGGAUGGACCUUGCAAGAGCUUAUCGCACCCACUAUCGUCGAGUUCUACGAUGCCAACUGGAAUGAAUUUGGUACACGGUUGAGUCUGCGGGAGCAACUCACGCAAAUUACUGGCAUUACGAAGUAUAUCCUCCAAGGUACUAGAGAUGCCCUAAUAACCUGUGGAGUUGCCGUACGAAUGUCGUGGGCUGCAAAGCGGAAGACAACACGCAUCGAAGACGAAGCAUACUGCCUGAUGGGACUCUUUGGCGUCAAUAUGCCCUUACUCUACGGAGAAGGCUCGUACGCAUUUAGAAGACUGCAAGAAGCGAUUAUGCGGAUCACGGAGGACUACACUCUAUUGGCAUGGUCGCCUAAAGAAAGCUUCAGACCCGACGUGAUCAUAUCUCGAGGUCUGCUCGCACAUUCACUAUCCGAUUUUGCGGGGUUCAGAGCCGAGAAUCAAGAACAAAACCCUCUAAUGUCGCAUGUUUGGCGCCCAGUGGAUCUAUCUCUGAACCAUUCCUCGCUAUUCCCGCCGUGUCUUGACCAUGUUCCGCCACACCUUACAAGCCGUGGCUUGCGCAUUACGCUGCCAGUCAUGGUCAUAGAUUCUGGAAGGCAAAUUUACGCGUGCUUAACAUUGCUCUACCCACCAGGACAGAAUCCAAUCCACAUGCUUUGUGUAAAGCUUUACCACUCGGCUACCGACGAAGAGCGCUACAUUCGAGAAGCAGGUGCACCACUUGUUGUAUUGCCAAGAACAGCUAGUACGAACUUUGAAUACAAAUCCAUAUAUGUCAAACAGCCGCCCUUCCUUGCGGGAGCACCCAUUUGGGAGCCAAAUAUAGAUGAUCAGUCACCGGCCUUGUCGCUGCUGCUCUUAAAAGCACAGUCAAAUUUCAGUUGGCCCAUGAUGUGUAACUCACGACCAUUCAUCGAUGGGGACAAUAUCAUCCAAGUUCGUUCCGGCUCGCAAACGUUCGUGUCUCCGAUCGUUCCAAAUAGCGUAGCUAUUGCGUAUCUCAAUCCAGAGGUAGAUCACCACCAAGGCAAUAAGUUGGUCCACGCAUACGCAGAUCUGAAACAAGGUUUCAUACAUGAAAUCGACACGGCUAACUCAACAAUAUACUUCUCCCCAUGUGACAACACUUCCAGAGAUGGAUUCAUAUUCGAAUUCGAGGGACAGCCUAAAGCCGCUUUCGACGUUCGGGUCAAUCUGCGGAAUGUACCAUCAUGCUGGGCCAUGCAUUGCGCCUCUCCAACGUACAAGCAGACGGAAUGGCGUGCAAGCGCUCGGUCGGCAGGCCACACGCUAACGGAUCGCAUUGAGCUUAACUUAGAGUUUGAGUAUGAUGACACAGGCCAGACCCAGCCACAAGGACAGGAGAAAGUAAGGCAUGUGCAAGCCACUAUCAGCAUUAGACGCGUUGCGAAUCUACAAACACCUAUGGACCUGAAGAGAUUUGUGCUCUCGGUCAGUCUCAAGGAUGUGUCUGCUCUACAUAGAUGAGACGUAGCUACUGGCCUCAAAGCAUAUUUAUCAAGCCCGGAAGGCAACCGUGUAAGCUCUUAGAUAUUAGAUCCGGCACGGUGCUCUACAAGGCCGACAAGG